UUUAAAUCUCAGGAAGUCCAGCGUUGUUUAUCGUAGCACGCUGAUGUAUAGUAAAACAGCCUUCUCUUAACUCGUACUCUUUUCAGAAAACUAACAUGGUUAAAGGUAAAAGGAAAACGGCAAUUACUGCCAAACCGAAACCGGGGGAAGCCAGUGUAAAAGACAAUGAGGCAAAAGAAAACAAACACGGAAAACCUGCGACGUGCCAGGGACAGACAACAAUAUCCAGCUGUCUAAAUUUAAAGCAGCUCCGCUCUCCUCUCCAGAAAAGCCCUCUUCAAGAAAACAAUUCUGUAACAAGUACUGCACCUCUUGACACCAAUAAACAGGGUGCAAAUGAGUUGAACACGCCUAAACAAGAGAAACAUAAGCUGGUACAAAUUCGUGAACCUAAUGAACAGACUGCUGUGCCCCCUGAUUCUGGGGCAAGGAAACAAACACAAUCUGGGCUUAACACCAAAAGAUCAAAAGGCAGAAAAUUAAAAGGCAACGAUUCUGAACAGAAUCGGAAGGUCACCGAUUUUUUUCCCAUUAGACGAAGUUGCAGGAAAAGCAAAACUGAGCUGAAGUGUGAAGAACAUCAGCACAUUGAAGACCUCAUCAAAAACAAUGUGGAAGAGGGACUCAAGGUGAAAUGUAUUGAAGGAAAAGGACGAGGGGUUUUUGCGGACCGUGGGUUCCGGAGAGGUCAGUUUGUAGUGGAGUAUCAUGGGGACUUGCUGGAGAUUGAAGACGCUAGGGAAAAAGAAUCUCAAUAUGCUCAAGACCCCACCACAGGCUGCUAUAUGUUCUAUUUCCGCUACCUCGACAAAAGCUACUGUGUGGAUGCUACUAAAGAAACCAGCCGUCUGGGACGACUGAUCAACCACCGUAAGAAUGGAAACCUUCAGCCCAAAAUUCACGAUAUGAAUGGAGUUCCUCAUCUCAUCUUCUUGGCAUCCAGAGACCUCAAGGUAGACGAGGAGCUGCUGUACGAUUACGGCGAUCGCAGUAAAGAAGCCACUGCAGCUCAUCCGUGGCUCAAGCAUUAACUCUUAAGGACUGAAAGAACAAGACAAUAAGAGAUUGUCAUGUUGUUUUUCUGUAAUUCGUGUAUAUUUGCUUUGACAUGAUUGGUUUUAGUCCACUUUUACAAAUGUAUAAAUUUACCAUAAAAUGAACUUUACCCUAUAAUCAAUUCCCUGACAUCCAGAAGGUGUUAAAUAGGUUAUGAUUCGAAGCUCUCAGUUUUCAAGAUAAAUUAAGAUUAUUGCAUUUUAUAUAGAUAAUUGAAAAUAAAAAAAUUCAAUAUGUGAAA